AACGUACAGUACAAAUCGAGCUCCUAAACAUGAAAGACGCACAUUCGGUUCGUUACUCAACUUCUAACAAAGUGAAGUGAUUCUAAUGCUUUUCAAAGCUUUUCGCGCUAGUAUGCGACCGUCGCAUUAACAUCAGUUGGUACCAGAGUGUUUUGUUUUGAAGAAAGUUUCAAGAUGAGUGCUCCAAUCAUCAUUACGGUGCCGAACAACUACCUGGCUGUGGAUGAGGACACGAAGGUGGUUCUGGAGCCGGCGUCUCCCGCCCCGUCGCGGAAGCGCCGGCUGGACCAUCUCUCCUGGGAGGAGAAGAUGCAAAGAAAGAAGCUGAAGAAUCGUGUGGCGGCACAAACGUCGCGCGAUCGCAAGAAGGCCAAGAUGGAUGAGAUGGAAUUCAAGAUCCAGGAGCUGGCUGACAGGAAUGAGCGACUAAUUAGUGAGGUGGAAAGCCUAAAGGCGCUGAACGAGCGUCUGUUGAGCGAGAACACAGAGCUGCGUGCGGCACGCAGUGUCUCGGGGGCCCGGGGACCGGCAGAGUCUACUCCUCGGCAGCAGGAGGGGCCCCCGACGGCACUGCGCGCGGCGCGCCUGCUGCUGGCGAUGUGUCUCCUCUCACAGACCUCCUCCAGCACCUCGAGUCCGAAGAGUACCUCGACACCUUACAGCAACUUGCCGACUCACUCCUCAAGGAAAUUGAUGCAGGCGGUACAGGAGCGGCUGAAGAUGUCCCAGUGCGGGACACUGGAGAGCGCCCUGAAGGAGCUGAAGUGGUGGGGGCCGCAGCAGAGCACCUGGAACCCAGUGAAGCUGCAGUCGUAGACCUCAAGCACGACGUGCACCGGAUACUGACCCAGCACUCCUACGCGCACCCCUACACUGACGCGCCCGACGCCCCUGACGCACACAACGACAAGGGUGACAUUUUCUACGCCAGUCUCCAAGAGAACUGCGUCACCGUUGAAGUGCCAUGCGAAGAACAAGUCAUAGAGGAAACACAAGUCGAACUAGACUUCCCCGAGCUCACUAAAAACUCUCCAA